AUGCGAUGCCAAGAAACACGUAGUUUAGUAGCACAAAAAUUAAAUACCCUUAAUAUUAAAGCACCAGAAAAAUUAAUUAGAAUACAAAGUUACGAUGACUUAUGUUUAAAAACUUACAUUAGAGGCUUACCCUUAUCGUUACAAACAAAUAUUAGAUUGAGAAACCCAGACAGUUUAGAGAAAGCUAUGUGCUUCGUUAUCGAAGAAGAGAAUUUUCUAUAUUCGUUACAACGCGGAAAUAAUUUAAACUCACAAAAUUCUUUUAGACCCUCAUCGAGACAUACUCCUACGAGAAACAAUAAUUCUAAUCAAACUUUUAUUCCUAGAAAUAAUUUUCAACAAAAUCGCCCUAAUAUGAGAUUUCUACCUUACCAAUAUCAAAAUAUCAGACCGCAAUACCAGAAUAAUAAUUUUAAUCCUAACAAUACUUUUCAACCACACCAAAAUCAUUUCCGAAGUUUCAAUAAUAAUUAUAAUUCUAACUUCAAUCCAAGAAAUUUCGACAAUAAUAAUUCUAAUUUUCGACCAAGAUACUUCAAUAAUAAUAAUUCUAAUUUUCAACAAAGAAAUGUUAAUAAUCAACCUCAAAAUCAAAAUCAAUACCAGCCAGAACCGAUGGAUACAAAUUCACGAAAUACUUCUUUAAGAUCUAGACCACAUUUUACCUCCACGCAAUUAUUUAAUCAACAAAUUAAUAACGAUCAAAUACAAUUCGAAAAUCCCUUUGAAAAUAAUAAUAUUCCCACUGAUUACGAACACCCGACUCAAAGUUCAUUACCCUAUUCAUUACCGCCUUACGAGAACAAUUAUGAAACUCAAUCCAGUCCUUAUCAAACUCAAGACAACACAAAUGAAAGAUCAUAUCACAAUCCAACUCAAAAUGUUGAAAACGUAAAUUUUUGCAUGACCCAAGAAAAUUACAAUCCGACAUAA